GGGGAGACCAAACAAAGAUGGCGGACAUGGAAGUAGAAAAAAACAUGGCAAAUUUGAAACCACCUGACACAGGUGAACUUGAACAUGCAGUGAGCAUCACAGAUUGUACUCAGUCAAACACAGCACUUGACGAUGCCAUGAAGAACCUUGACAUGGAUCCCUAUGAUGAGGACCAGGCUGAACUAAGAUUCAUCCAUUCCAAGCCCACGUGUUUUAUUGUCAUUGGCAAACCCGGGAGUGGAAAAACAACACUAACUCGUAAACUAGCUCAAGAAUGGAAAUGCCAGAUUGUUUCAGCUGCUACUGUUAUUCACGCAAAUCUAGAACUUCAGACUGAAAUGGGCAAAAAGGCCCAGGAUAUUUUAAUAAAAGGAGAAGCACUUCCCGAGGAAAUGGUUGCCAAAAUGAUAGAGGAUAAGAUUAACUCCCCUGAAGUAACUCAUCAUGGCUAUAUCCUAGAUGAUUUCCCAUCCAUGUCAGAAGAUUAUAUGACAAUAAAAGACCAACUUGAACUGGUGAAAAAUUGGAAACUUAAACCAGAUUUUAUUGUAAAUUUAAAAAUACCAGAUUUAGACUUGGAGUAUAGACGUGUAGGCCAACGUGCUGAUGCUCUUACUGGUGACAUCUAUAUACGUGAAAUGUAUGACCCUGAUAGACCUGAAGCUCAACUUGAUGAGGGAGAAGGAGAAGAGGAGGAAGAAGAAGAAGAGGAAGAAGAAGAUGACAUUGAAGCAAUCCUUGCUGAAGAGUUUGAGGAAGAAGAGGAGGAAGAGGACGAUGAUGAGGAGCAGGAAGAAGAUGCAAUUGACAGGAUACGCAAUGAUCUGGCUGAUGUAUAUGAUAAUGACACUAAUAGUCUAGCUGUAGUACAGGAUGUCUUAGAAGAGCUGCUUAUUCCCCGCAUAGAGCUAGAUGGUGGGAGAAAACCUCACAUUAUUAGAUACACCCUCACUAAAGGUUUAAAGAACAUUGUACAAUACCGUCAUAGUAUAUUCGAACGUGUGUACUCCAUCAGUGAAAGAAUGGCCAAGAAAAUGUUACAGUGUGGCUAUAAACAACCCAGUAGGUUUGGACGCUGGUGCCCAGUUCAGUUACACGAGGGAGAAUGCAUCCAACCAAUGCAGGGAUUAGGCUAUGCAACAUACCCCUGUAUAUAUAGACAACAUAUAUACUACUUGUCUAGUCCACAGGCCAGGGAUGAAUUCGUACAAGACCCUAUGACAUUUCUCAAACAGCCUAGUCCAAAACCUGUAGUGCCUGUACGUGUAGCUGUCAUUGGUCCACCAAAAUCAGGCAAAACAACAUUGGCAGAGAGAUUUGAAGAAGAGUAUGGUUUGAUGAGGCUCUCUAUUGGCGAGGCCUUGCGUCUUGUUGUGGACACUAUGCCAAAGUCAGAACUUGCUCGUAAAAUCAACCAGCACUUGCAGAAGGGGUUAACAUGCCCUGAUGAAUUAGCAGUUCAAGCCCUGGAAGUGGCCACCACGGAUAUGAGGUGUCAGACAAGGGGAUUUGUGUUGGAUGGUUAUCCAAUGACAAAACGCCAAGUAGAGUUAAUGACGGAGCGCAGUAUUAUCCCAGUACGUGUCAUAGAGCUUACGUUGGAGAGCAAGGAGGUGAUGGUCAGAGGCACUGAGGACAGAUAUUCCCCAUUAAGAGUAUUACCACUACACGACAGUUCACAAAUCCUAGCAAUACGGCUGGCUCAAUGGAAGAAGCACAUAUCCGAGAUAAGAGAAUGGUACCGCAGUGAACAUAGGAAUUUUGUGCAGGUGAAGGGUGAAAGGUCAAAAUGGUGGAUCUGGAACGAGGCUCUAGACAUCAGCAAGGCUAGCGUUCAACAAAUACAGACAUAUCUUCAAAGAGUUGCAGAUGGUAAAGCAGCUUCUAUCAAUGAUAUGUGCAUCACACCCAGUGAGUUUGUAGUGAGACUUGGGGACUAUGAUCAGUAUUGCCCAGUGAGCUUGGCUCUAAGGGGAGAACUGGUUGAUUGCUCUGUCACUGAGGAUCUCACAUUUGCUGCAGAGUUUAGAGGUCACUAUUACAAAAUGGCUGGUGAGAAAGAACUAUCACAAUUCCUAGAAGAACCUGAAAAAUAUGUGCCACCAUUAGCACCACGUCCACUUCCGCCAAAGGAACUAUUGCCAAUCAGACGCACUGCAGGAGAUGUUAAAAAUCUUUUCCCGAAACAGAUCGAGCUGCAGGGCUAUUGUCCUGUGACAUUCCUAGAUGGGAAGUGUCGCUAUGAGGCAAUUAAACCUGGAGAUCCAGAACUUGUGGUCGAGUAUCGGGAUAAACUGUAUUAUUUUGAACAAGAAGAAAAAUUACAAAAGUUUAUGAGAUUACCUGAAAAAUACUGGAAUCUAAAGCUACCCCACAAACUUCCCCCAAGGAAGGACAACAUUACAGUGACGGGUCUCCCAAUGCUUGGUUAUAUGGAACAGUCUGUGGCAACAGCCAUACAGAAGGCAUUAACAGCUGUAGGACUGUUUAAACCUAAAUACCCAUUCCUGACACCUUCAAAAUCUGCCUUGUUAUACGUAGCAUAUCAUCUCAAAGCAUACAACCCUAAGAGCUCAGAAUAUGUGAGGAAGAAAUACAAACAAAGACUGAUGCAAUUUGAAGAAUCUUGUGAACUUAUCAAAUACCUUGGUGACACUAUGACAGUGAAAUUCAAAGAGCCAAAAGAUCGAGCCAUUGACUUUGACCAUAAACUGGACAGAUUUGUCAAGAUGAAAUGCUCAGAUGUACCCCCAAAAUCAGCUUUACAAGCAUGAAUCUGUGGUAUCUAAAGGCAUAAAAAUCUCAAUGUAUUCUGUACAGCAUGGCAGGAAAAUGUGAAGCAUAUAAGCAUUGAUUAAGAAGUGUACAAGGAUUUAUUUCAAAGGAUAUAUUCCAGGAGAUCAUUGAAUCAGAACUGGAAAUGAAACAUGCACUAUAAUUUACUGGUAUAUCAGGGAUUCCUACUCCAUUAGAAUGCCUAACAAAAGGUAAAAAACAACGGAUUCAAUUAUUGGUCUUUUUAACAUUUUUUUAACAUGGGAACAAUUGCAAAAUCCCUGAAGAAUAACAAAGCUAUCUUUUUGAAGCAAUCAAAGAAACAUGGCCUGCUUCAAAUGAAACACCUGUACAUGUUCAUUUUACAUAUGUACCUAUGCUGUUUUAAAAUUGUCAUUAAAUGUGAUACUUUCAUCUUUAGGUAUUUCGCAUGAGCCAAAAUUAACAUAACAUCACUUUAUGGAUAUUUGUAAAUAUGUUGUAUAUUUUAUACAUUUGAAUUUUACACUUGAUAGGAUUUGAAAAUCCAUUUUCUCAUUCUCUCCGUCCAAUUAUAUGAUUUGAUGAUUAUUGAAUUCCAUCCAAAUGUGAUUGAAGAUUCCGUCCAAAAUAUUUAUAAUUUAUUUAUAGUGCCUAAUACAAAUGUAUGACUGCUGUUUACAUGUCAAAUUAUUUUAUUUUUAUUAAGAGCUAUGUUUCUUUACUCUUUGUUAAUUGUACCAUAUUGUAUAUAAUAUUACAAUUCAAUUUUAUAUUAUUGUAAAUGUAAAUAGAACACUUUGUAAAAAGUAUAAUAUGAAUAAAUGAAAUGAAAAAUAA